AUGGCAGCGUCUCCUCAGCGGCCUCGUGUAAUGAUGCUGCCCUUCGCCGCGCAGGGCCACGUCAUGCCCCUCAUGGAGCUCUCCCACCGGCUCGUCGAGCACGGCUUCGAGGUCGUCUUCGUGAACACGGACUUCAACCAUGCCCGCAUCCUCACGGCCCUGGAAGGAGCGGCCCCUGCCGCCGGCGGGAUCGACUGGAUCUCCUUCCCGGACGGCAUGGGCCCCGACGGCGACCGCACCGACAUCGGCAAGGUGCUCGACGGCUUGCCGGCGGCGAUGCUCGGCGGCCUCGAGGAGACGAUCAGGUCCAGGAACAUCAGGUGGGUGGUGGCCGACGUGUCCAUGAGCUUCGUGCUGGAGCUAGUCCGCACGGUGGGCGUGCGUGUCGCCUUGUUCUCCACUUACUCCGCCGCCACCUUCGCGCUGAGAAUGCACCUUCCCAAGAUGAUAGAGGAUGGCAUCAUCGACGAGACCGGGAAUGUGAAAAGGAACGAGAGGAUCCAGCUAAACCCCAAGAUGCCGGCCAUCGACGCCUCCAAGCUUCCGUGGACCAGCCUUGGCAAGAGCCCUGUGUCACGGAGAGCCAUGAUCCAGAGCACCAUCACGACCAACCCGACACUAGCGCUCGCCGACACUAUCAUCUGCAACACUUUCCAGGAGAUCGAAUCCGUGGCGCUGGCCCACCUCCCCAUACCGGCGGUAGCCAUCGGCCCGCUGGAGGCGCCCAAGUCGGCGGCGGCCGGCCAUUUCUGGCCCCAAGACGAGACCUGCCUCCGCUGGCUCGACGCACAGGCUCCCGGCUCAGUCGUCUACGUGGCGUUCGGGAGCCUCACGGUGUUCGACGCGGAACAGCUCCAGGAGCUGGCCGACGGCCUGGAGCUCACCGGGCGGCCGUUCCUGUGGGUGGUCCGGCCGAACUUCGCCGAUGGUGUCGGCAAGGGCUGGCUGGACGGGUUCCGGCGCCGCGUCUUUGGUAAAGGGCUCGUCGUCAGCUGGGCUCCCCAGCAGCGCGUGCUCUCGCACCCCUCGGUAGCCUGCUUCGUGACGCACUGCGGGUGGAACUCGACCAUGGAAGCGGUGCGGCACGGCGUCCCGUUGCUCUGCUGGCCCUACUUCGCCGACCAGUUCUUGAACCAAAGCUACAUCUGCGACCUGUGGGGCGUUGGGUUGAAGGCGUGCGCCGACGGGUUGGACAUUGUCACCAAGGAGGAGAUCAGGAACAAGGUGGAGCGGCUGCUUGGGGACGAGGGGAUCAAGGCGAGGACGCUGUCGUUGAAGAGCGCGGCGUGCGCCAGCGUCGCGGAUGGAGGGUCCUCGCAUCAGGAUUUGAUCAAGUUAGUGAAUCUGCUAAGAGAAAAUUAG